AUGGCGUCGUCACCACUUCUCGCGACGUCACUACCGCAGAAACAGUUGACCACCACCGCCACCGCCACCGCCGGUGAAUUCCGCCUUCAUCCGGCGGAGAAACUCGCAUUUCUAAUCGACAAAUCGGUAUCAGUGAAUGAAGUCCUCCAAAUCCACGCGGCUAUUCUCCGUCAUAACAUCGUCCUCCAUCGUUACCCAGUUCUAAACCUCAAGCUCCACCGCGCAUACGCUUCCCACGGCAAAAUUCGCCAGUCAUUGGCUCUAUUUCACCAGACUAUUUCACCAGACUUGUUCCUCUUCACCGCCGCAAUCAACACUGUCUCCGUUAACGGCCUCCAUGACGAAGCUUUCCUGCUUUAUAUUCGAUUGCUUUCUUCUGAAAUCGUCCCGAACGAGUUCACUUUCUCGUCAAUUUUGAAAUCAUGCUCAACCGAAUCCGGCAAAGCGAUCCAUACCCAUAUCCUCAAACUCGGAUUGGGGCUUGACCCGUACGUAGCGACUGGUCUCGUCGACGUUUACGCAAAAGGAGGAGACGUAAUAUCUGCCGAGAAAGUGUUCGACAGAAUGCCUGAGAGAAGCCUCGUCUCUUCCACGGCUAUGAUCACCUGCUACGCAAAUCAAGGGAACGUCGAUUCCGCGAGAGCUUUGUUCGACGGAAUCCGUGAGAGAGACAUUGUCUCUUGGAACGUGAUGAUUGACGGAUACGCUCAACACGGAUUUCCAAACGAAGCUCUGACGCUUUUCCAGAAACUCUUAACCGAAAGUAAACCAAAUCCCGAUGAAAUCACCGUUGUGGCUACUCUCUCUGCUUGUUCCCAAAUCGGUGCGCUUGAAUCCGGGCGUUGGAUCCAUGUUUACAUCAAGAACAGUCGUCGCAUCAGGCUCAAUGUUAGAGUAUGCACGGCUUUGAUUGACAUGUAUAGCAAAUGUGGGAACUUGGAAGAGGCGGUUUCAGUGUUUAACGAUACUCCGAGGAAAGAUAUCGUUGCGUGGAAUGCGAUGAUUUCCGGUUAUGCAAUGCACGGUUAUAGCCGAGAGGCGUUGAGAUUGUUCGAUGAGAUCAAAGGGUUGCAACCAACGGAUAUAACUUUCAUUGGAUUGCUUCAGGCUUGUGCUCACGGUGGACUUGUAAAAGAAGGACUGAGAAUGUUUGAGUCGAUGAGAGAAGAGUAUGGGAUUAAACCGAAGAUUGAGCAUUACGGAUGUUUGAUUAGCUUGCUCGGCCGUGCUGGGAUGUUAAAACGAGCUUACGAGAUCAUAAGGAACAUGAAAAUGGAGGCUGAUUCUGUGAUUUGGAGUUCUCUUCUCGGAAGUUGUAAACUUCAUGGAGAUUUUGUGUUAGGGAAGGAGAUAGCAGAGUAUUUGAUCGGACAGAACAUUGUAAACUCAGGAAUUUAUGUUGUUGUUUCGGGCUUAUAUGCAUCGGUGAAUGAUUAUGAAGGUGUGGCGAAAGUGAGGAGCUUGAUGAAGGAGAAAGGAAUAGUGAAAGAGCCUGGGAUUAGCACUAUAGAAAUCGAUGAUAAAGUUCAUGAGUUUCGAGCUGGAGAUAGAGAACACUUGUCAUGCAAGGAAAUCUACGAAAUGCUGAGAAAGAUCAGCGAGCUGGUGAAGUCUCAUGGCUACGUUCCAAAUACAGACGCGGUCUUGCAAGAUCUUGAAGAGGCAGAGAAAGAGCAGUCUCUGCAAGUUCAUAGCGAGAGGCUUGCGAUUGCUUAA